UGCAACUUACGAACUUAUUCUAGCAGACGACGUUACUGACGUGACAGUUGUCACGAGUGAACUCCGAGACCCGAGUUGUUCCGAGUUAUUCAGAACCGAGUCAGUGGUGAUCGGUAGUGUCGGUCGGUUGCAAGAUGAUGGCGGACGAGAGGUUGUUUUUCUCGAACGCCGUCCAACAAUUGGCAAGAUGUUUGGCCGCUAUCAAGCCCACGCCGUGGGAAAAGGUAGCCAAACUUUACAAGUUAUGUCCACAAGAUUCCGCUCAGGGUGUAUAUCGUUUGGAUCAGAGGGGUCAGGAUGCGACCAUUGCAUUAGGAAUUUACUUUUUGGAGUCCGGUCUGCAGCACCGAGAUAAAAUUUUGCCGUAUUUAUUGAGAUUAUUGCGUGGUCUUCCAAAGGCGGUAUGGCGAGACGAGGUGAAAUGUUCACUUGCCGAACGGGUCCCGGUCGCGGAGCGCUUCAGCUUCUGUUUGAACACAUUGCUGAGCGACGUAGCAGCCAGAUGCGAACCGGCACGAGAGGAAAUUAUCUCGACACAGGUUGAGAUACUUGCUGUCCUUACCAAUCUGAUACGCGGGUACAAGGAUCAGAAUAGUAAUAGAGGCUUGCAGGCAAAGAUAUCACUAUGCAAGUGUCUGGUUCCGGUGCUGAUUGGUCUGGCAAGAUCGAUGGGUCGCUUCUCGUGUACGGAUCCGCCGUUGCUCUGCCGCAUCUUUCCACGGCGGGAGACACCCUCACCGGCGAGCAGUACGGAAAAUCGUUUUAUGCCCGACAAGAAGCAGCACAGCUUCUCAAAUUUUAGGCCUAUCAUCCCGCGCUCUCUGAGCGGCAACUUUAAUUCUUGCCUCGAUAAUGCGUUUCCGGGUUACGAAAGUCACGAUUAUCAUUGUGGCAAGAGGCCGUCGCUACAGUCCUUCCUGUCGGUGCCGUACGACCCAACGACGUAUUUCUUCAGCCGUUAUGGAUCGAGUUUCAAUCAGUUCCCACAGAUGCGUUGCAAUGAGAGCCCUGAAAGAAGGGCCGGGAUGCAAUUUACUGUAGUGCAUUUGCAGAGUGUGCUAGCUUUGGCCAAAAAAUUACUUACUAAGGAUAUCCUGACGUUUCUAGACGAAGAAGCGCAACAAGUAUACAGUUCUGGCCAGGUACAGAUUUUCCCAUAUCGUACGUUCAGCGAGACAAUGAAUCUAGUAAUGGUGGCUCUGUUGCGCGAGCUACUGCAAAAUCAGCGUGAUUUACCAGCCCCGUUCACAAGGGACGUGCAGGAGUUCGUGAAGGGUCUGUUUCUCUCAGGUCAGACGGAACUGCAAUCGCGGCAACAUGACGCGAGCGAGCGUGAGGACAUCGACACGAAUUUCCGGACCGUGAAUCGCUUCAAGGUGAACGUAAUGGCCAAUUCCGCGUGCGUGGAUCUACUGGUCUGGGCGAUCGGUGACGAGACAGUAUCUGGCGAAUAUGAUUUGUCCGCGCUGUUUGCAGAUAUCAGUUCAAUGCUGAUCGGCAAGGGUGCGGAUAGUUUAUGCGGACGACUCGUAGAGAAGAUUAAUUCCAAUCACGGACCCAAACUCGUCCUGGCGCAUAUGCCGUUGCUGAUGGUUUGUCUCGAGGGAUUAGGAAAAUUAGCGCAGAAAUUUCCCAACAUAGCCAGCACGUCCAUAUACUACUUGCGAGACUUCCUCAUAGCACCGUCGCCAAUUCUUUUGAAGCUGUAUCGACAGCACAGCGAAUAUUCCAUGAAGGAACAUCAAUUUAAAGUGCUGGUUCAAGGGAAGGAGAUAAGCGACACGAAACAGACGACGUCAUCGGUGCACACGGCGUUUGAGAAACUUCGCGAUGCUGCAAUCGGCAAUCUCUGCAUCGCUCUGGAAGCCGCGCAUUCCGUGAAUCCGGACUGCGUUCCGGCGCUCGUGGCCAGCGUCUCGAAUAGAUUAUACACCGCGGACAUAUCCGACGGCGAGAGCGACGAGAAGUUGAAGAACGAAGUGGUGUCGAAGAACAUUGUGAUUAUGUUGGGCCACGUCGCCGUGGCGCUAAAGGACACCCCGAAAACGAUGCGUACGAUCUUCCCGUUUUUCCAGCAGCUCUUCUGCCGCACCCCCAGCGAUCUCGAUUUCCUCAUAGUAGAUCAGUUGGGCUGCAUGAUCAUUGCCAAGUGCGAACCAAAGAUUUAUGAAGGGAUAAUGCAAAUGUUUUCCAUGUCGUUGGGAUCAAGUACAGCAACGUAUGCCGCGAACGACGACCGCAAACAGUACUGCCAUGUUUCCAAGGCGGUAACAAACGCUCUGGCGAACAUAGCAGCGAAUCUGCAGGGCGAGUCGGAGUUGGACGACCUGUUGCUACAUCUUUUAGAAUUGUUCGUACAGUUGGGCCUCGAGGGUAAACGCGCCAGCGAUAAGAUGCCGAAUAGUAUCGCUGCGACGAGAGCAGCUAGUAGCGCUGGCAAUUUAGGAGUGCUCAUCCCUGUGAUUGCAAUAUUGGUGCGACGUCUACCGCCGAUCAGACAUCCGCACAAACGACUUCUGAAACUGUUUAAGGACUUUUGGUUGUAUUGUGUCAUAAUGGGUUUUGCUACGGAUCAUUCGAGAUUGUGGCCGCCUGAGUGGUACGAGGGUGUCAAAGAGAUCGCCGUCAAGUCACCUUAUCUUAUUUCUCAGACCAGCGCUCGUCUUGAGAUGCGAGAAUUGCAGUAUACAUCAGCGGUGCGCAACGAUAGUGUCUCACUGAACGAGUUACAAGAGCUGCGGAGUCAAGUAUUGAAGAUAAGCACCCGUACAAACGACAUAUCAGCAUACGUGACCAAACUACAGUUCGCGCAGUGCACAUACUUGCUUUCCGUUUAUUGGUCAGAGACCUUACGAGUGGCAAACAGUCCUGAACCCAGUCUGCAACCGAUAAUGGAGUACCUGUGCGAUACUGAUUUACAGAAGGAUAAGAGCGGCAUGUGGCAAUGCAUAUGCUGUGUAGCAGAUUCCGUGUUUGCGAAAUUUAAGGAUGUGAUGCAACGCAAACCGAAGGACGAGCAACGUGAGAAGGAACUCGAGAAUCACGCGCAAUUUCUGCUGGUGCAUUUCAAUCACGUGCACAAGCAAAUUAGGCGAGUGGCGGACAAAUACCUCAGUGCUUUAGUGGACGCCUUUCCGCAUCUGUUAUGGAACUGCAAAGUUCUUUGGAGUAUGUUGGAUAUAUUGCAGAUUUUAUCGUACUCGUUACAAUUGGAUCCAAAUGAAGAAACUCCUAGUUUAAGAAUACCUGGCACACCAUACAGCAUCGAGCUGAUGAAUACUCUCGAAGCGAGAGAAAUUAUCGUAAAAGAUUUUACCGCGAGAUGCAAAGGUAUUGUGCAAGAAGCCAUGAAAUGGGCACCGCAAGCUACCAGAUCGCACUUACAAGAAUACAUCAAUCAAAUACCGUCUUCUGGCAUGCGACAUCACUCCGGUUUAUCGCUAGCUAUUGACUCGGUUCUCGAAUUUGUGGACACCGCAAUUCCUACAGUAGUUCCAGCAAAUACGAAUUCAUUGGACAAGAGGCCACGCUGCCCAAAAGGCGCGAGUUCAUGGCUGCUAUCGAUGAUGUCUACGAGAUCGUGGCACGCCGGUGAAGUAGCGGGUAUGCUCGCCCUUGCGCGCACCGAAUCGCCAACCACGGAGAUGUCUCUGGAAGAGUGCAGAGACAAAGUCGUCGAGAGAUUGAUUGAAGCCGUUCGCCGCGCUUGUCAGGAUCGCGACGAUACCACUCAUCGCGGAGCUCUUUGGCGUGCUACCGCUCUCUUAAUAUCCAUGCCUGGUAUACAUAGGCGAUUAUUACACAUAGUCGCGUGCUCGCAAGUAGAACUGUUCACGACCGCAGCCAUGACCACGGCAGUCGAGUGCUGGCAAUGGAUCUUAACCGUACGACCAGAUUUGAAGUUGCGAUUCUUGCAAGAGAUGUUACUUGCGUGGCAGUAUACCGUCGACAAGAGGAUGGGCUUGUUCGCGCCGAACGAAGAGGAAGUUAGUCCUCUCGCGGUCUAUGAGGGCUGCAAGCUCGGGCCUAAUCCGUCGCAAAUAAAGCCGCACGAUAUCUGGGUGACUUUUAUAGUAGAGCUAGUCGAGACGGCCAAGUAUUGUUGCCAGGAGACGGUCGAUAUGAUCGCCCUACUCCUGCACCGCUCGUUACCCAUGACCGUUGGUGCGUCUGGCGAAGAACCCGGUAUCACUCGACACGUGGCCGCAGUUGGCGUACGUUUUAAACUUCUUUCAUGCGGCUUGGUACUGCUGCAAGGUGAUGUUUUACCCAGAACUUUAAGUAAGAACGUCCUGCGAGAACGGGUUUAUUCCAAUUGUCUGGAUUACUUCUGCCGAGAACGUCAGUUGCCGACUCAAGAGAUUGACCAGCUCACAGAAGACAUAGUUACGUUGAUACGCUUUUGGCAGGUAAUGCACAGCGACAAAAAGUACUUAAUGAUGACAGGAGCCGAUAACGAAUUUGAGAUAGUGACAUCACAAACUUAUACAACGAUGAUGGUUCCGAGCGAGACAAUCGGUUCAUUAGCCGCCACGCUAGCUCCCACGCCGAACGAGUUCUCGAAAUCGCCUAGCAACGUGUGGAUGAGCACCAUGCCUAUGUCGACCAGCACCAAUACGUUGAGCAAACGUAGCAAUCGCAGCAAACGAAUCGUAAAUGCCAACGUUCUCGUGAAAGAUUAUAUCAAGAAGAGAAAUUUGAUUCUCGAGUUGUUAGCAGUUGAAAUUGAAAUGUUACUGGUUUGGCGUAAUCCCAGCGGAAGACCGGAACUCGCGUUGCAAGGAGAGGGAAGUAUCGCAGACUGGCGAGCCAAGGGCAUGAACGAUCGUUGGCGAGAGUACACGCGGCUCGCGUGGGAGAUUAGUCCCGUUCUGGCUACCUUUAUGCCGGUACGAUUAAAGAAUCACGAAGUCAUUAUCAAGGAGAUCUGUGGCCUGGUACGCCUCAAACCCGUACCAGUCAUGCAUCUAUCAGAGGCAUUACAGUAUCUCGUUACGACAGACACGCUUCUCAACGAUGUACCUGAAUUAGUUUAUAUGUUAACAUGGGCAAGGGUGUCUCCAAUUCAAGCACUAGCAUUCUUCUCUCGACAAUUCCCACAUCAUCCUAUCUCGGCGCAAUACGCGGUGCAUGUGUUGGAUAGCUAUCCUGCUGACGCUGUUCUUUUCUAUAUACCUCAGCUAGUGCAAGCUGUCCGUCACGACUCGAUGGGCUACGUAAUCGAAUUUAUUAAGAAGAUUGCUAAACGAUCACAGGUAGUGGCGCAUCAGUUGAUAUGGAACAUGCACACUAAUGUAUACAUGGACGAGGAUAAGCAGAUAAAAGAUCCAGUGCUAUACGAUAUCCUGGAUUCGUUGACAAAGAAUAUUCUAAACGCCCUGUCCGGCCCAGCGAAACAAUUCUAUGAAAGGGAGUUCGACUUUUUCGAAAAGAUCACCAACAUCUCAGGUGAAAUCAGACCAUAUCCCAAAGGGCCGGAACGCAAAGCCGCCUGCUUAGAAGCUUUAGCAAGGGUUAAAGUACAACCCGGUUGCUAUUUACCAUCAAAUCCCGAGGCGAUGGUCAUCGAUAUAGAUUACCAAAGCGGUACUCCCAUGCAAAGCGCUGCUAAAGCACCAUUCUUAGCGCGUUUCAAAGUACAAAGAUAUGGCAUACACGAACUCGAGAAUAUCGCAUUAGCGGUGUCGACCAACGGGAAAGUCGAGAGUAAGAAAGAAGCGGAUGAGCAGACGUGGCAGGCCGCUAUUUUCAAAGUCGGUGACGACGUCAGGCAAGAUAUGCUGGCCUUGCAAGUGAUCAGUAUCUUUAAAAACGUAUUCCAAAAAGUUGGGCUGAAUCUUUUCUUGUUUCCCUAUAGAGUAGUAGCUACAGCACCUGGGUGCGGCGUGAUAGAAUGUGUACCACACGCAACAUCGAGGGAUCAACUUGGCCGUACAACAGACAGUGACAUGUAUCAAUACUUCAUCACGCAACACGGCGACGAGACGACUAAGGAAUUCCAGAACGUUCGUCGCAAUUUUGUCAAAUCGAUGGCGGCAUACAGCGUGAUCACCUAUCUCCUGCAGAUAAAGGAUCGCCACAAUGGCAAUAUCAUGAUAGAUACCCAAGGCCAUAUCAUACACAUUGAUUUCGGCUUCAUGUUUGAGAGCUCGCCCGGUGGUAAUCUAGGCUUUGAGCCCGACAUCAAGCUCACCGACGAGAUGGUCCUCGUGAUGGGUGGCAAAAUGGAAGCCCCGCCGUUCCGUUGGUUCAUGGAACUGUGUGUGCAAGCCUUCCUCGCAGUCAGACCCUACCAGGAAGCCAUCAUCUCUCUCGUCUCUCUCAUGCUCGACACGGGGUUACCGUGUUUCCGCGGGCAGACCAUUAAACUCCUACGCAGCCGAUUCGUGCCGACCGCCACCGAUCGUGAAGCGGCGAUCUUCAUGAUUAAUAUAAUACGUAACAGCUACCUCAACUUCCGUACGAAAACUUACGAUAUGAUACAGUAUUAUCAGAAUCAAAUUCCCUAUUGA